CUCCUCUCUUCUCGCAGAGUUCAGCCAAAGCUCAUUCCCACCGUCAAUGUCUUCACCAAAACCCUAAUCUUAUCACUAUAUCUACACUAAAUAUAUAUCACUCUUUCUCCUUCUCCACUCAUUCUUCUCUCCUCACUCAUGAACUUCUACAACUACUCUCAAGAAAUGGAAGCCAAGCUAGCACAUGACUUCAUCCAUGUCCCCGGCCCGAUCAUUGUCGGAGCCGGUCCCUCCGGCCUCGCCGUCGCCGCUUGCUUGAAUUCAAAAGGUGUUCCGAGCCUCAUCAUCGAGCGCUCUCACUGCAUCGCCUCUCUAUGGCAGCUCAAGUCCUACGAUCGGCUCCGCCUGCACCUACCGAAGAAAUUUUGCGAGCUCCCGCUCAUGCCAUUUCCGACGGAGUUUCCUACGUACGCUACAAAGGAGCAGUUUGUUGGGUACUUGGAGAACUACGCGGCCUCGUUCGAAGUUAGACCGACGUUCGGGGAGUCCGUGGUGAGAGCGGAGUUUGAUGAAAGAUUAGGGUUUUGGAGGGUGAGGACGGUGCGUGAGGGGAGUGGGUGGGAGAAGGAGUAUGUGUCGAGAUGGUUGGUGGUGGCGACGGGGGAGAAUGCGGAGGAAGUGGUGCCGGCAAUCGAAGGGCUGUCGGAGUUCGAGGGAACGGUGGUGCAUACGAGUGGAUAUCGAAGCGGGGAGGCAUUUAGGGGGAAGAAGGUGGUGGUGGUCGGGUGUGGCAACUCCGGGAUGGAGGUCUGCCUUGACCUCUGUAACUAUGAUGCCAUUCCAAUGAUCGUAGUGCGUGAUGCGGUACACAUUCUGCCAAGAGAGAUGCUAGGUUGGUCUACCUUUGGGCUGUGUAUGUGGUUGCUCAAGUGGUUACCUGUACAAAUGGUGGAUCGUUUGCUACUAUUUGUCACGGGGCUCAUGGUCGGCGAUACGGCUCGGUUUGGGCUUCGUCGACCUGAACUCGGCCCGCUUGAACUCAAGGCCAUCACUGGCAAGACUCCUGUUUUAGAUGUUGGCACCCUUGACAAGAUCAAAUCUGGAGACAUUAAGGUUUAUCCAGGGGUUAAGCGAUUUACAUCCAAAGGGGCUGAGUUUAUAGAUGGAAAAUCAGAAGAUUUUGAUGCUGUGAUCUUAGCCACAGGGUACAGAAGUAAUGUGCCCUCUUGGUUAAAGGAGAGCGAGUUUUUCUCAAAGGUUGAUGGCUUACCUAAGAGGCCAUUCCCCAAUGGAUGGAAGGGAGAGAGAGGUCUUUAUGCAGUAGGCUUCACCAAGCGGGGACUGCUCGGUGCAUCCAUCGAUGCCACAAAGAUAGCUCAAGACAUUGCUUUAUGUUGGAACUUGGAACAUAACCAAGAAAUCUAAGCUUCUUGAUGAAUAAUUACAUCAAAACUUAUAACAAGAUUGACCUUAAUUGGCUACAUGAAGCUUAGUUUUAAUCAAUCCAAUAACUUCACGUUGAAAAGUUGAUCUCACCAACAAAUUAAUGGAAGAUGACACCCUAAAUCAGAAGUGAGACAUUGGCUUAGUUAUUAUCAACAUCAUCAUCAGUUGUACCUCUCUAUUAUCAGUGACUGGUCAUGCAGUUAAUAUCUUGUAUAUAUAUCAUGUAAAAUUUCAUCUUGGUAUGAUUUAUUAAUUUAACUACAUAGACAUAGAGAGAGAGAGAGAGAGAGAGAGGUGUUGUAUUUGGGCCUUGAAAAAAUUGUCUUGUCAUGUAGGUGAGAAAGAAUGGAGAGAAUC